AUGGAGAAAAUCAUUCUUGUUCUUGCAACUCUAGUUCUGAUUUCUGAGUCUCAACUUCUGCUUCAACAUGAAGUUGCUGUUCUUCAGACAAUAUCCUCAAAGCUAAAAAACACUUAUUGGGACAACGUAAAUCGAAGCUCCUGCCACGGUGGAUUUAACUUCACUGAAGGGGUCAGGAAUGUGUACAGCAGUGUGGUGUGCGACUGCUCGUUUAACAAUAGCACCGUAUGCCACGUUACUCACAUGCAGUUGAGGGGUCUUAACUUGACAGGAACUUUGCCUGAGGAGUUUGUGAAACUCACACAUCUGCAAGAGCUAGAUCUCACUCUAAACUACCUAUAUGGAUCGAUUCCCAAAAUAUUUGGCCAGCUUCGGCUUGCAACGCUGUGCCUUCUUGGAAACCAUAUUAGUGGCGAAAUCCCGGCUGAAAUUGGCAACAUUACCUCUCUCAAUAAUCUGAUCUUGGAAGACAAUCUGCUCGAAGGGAAUCUACCGGAGAAUCUUGGAAGUUUGAGGAACCUGAAGAGGCUCAUGCUUUCCGCAAACAACUUCAGUGGAACUAUACCGGUGACAUUUGGCAAUCUAAGGAACUUGACAGAUUUUAGGAUAGACGGGAGCAGAAUGUCGGGGAAAAUACCCGAUUUCAUUGGAAAGUGGAGCCAACUUACGAGACUAGACUUGCAAGGGACAUCGAUGGAGGGUCCUAUUCCUGCAGCAAUAUCGUGUUUGGAAAACUUGACAGAUCUGAGGAUAUCCGAUCUUGAGGGAACAGCCACGAGUUUCCCCAAUUUGCAGCGGAUGAGAGCCAUGACGUAUUUGAUUUUAAGAAAUUGCUCGAUCAACGACACGAUUCCUGCGUACUUAGGAGACAUGACUCAACUAGACACUCUUGACCUCAGUUUCAAUACGUUGAAUGGGGAAAUCCCAGGCAGGCUUGGAGAGUUAGCAAAACUGAGAUUCAUGUUCUUGUCUAACAACUUGCUGACUGGAGAGAUACCUGCUUGGAUCAUUAAUAGCCGACAGAAUAUGGAUGUAUCUUACAACAGCUUCACAAAGCCUUCUGUGAGAAGCUGCCGACAGUUUUCCACUGUAAAUUUAGUUGCAAGCCAUUCAAAUACAUCGAGCAAAUCAACCUUAUGGUGUUUGAAACGAGACCUUCAUUGCGCGAGUAACCCCGGCUACACCUCGGUAUUCAUAAACUGCGGAGGAGUAAAGGUUAGCUUCGAAGGAAAUGAAUACGAAGAGAACGCAAUCGAUGCAGGUCCAUCACACUUUGAAUCCACUGAGAAAUGGGCAUACAGCAGCACUGGCAUUUACUUAGGAAACGACAGGGGGAGAUUCGUGGCGGAAAACAACACUUCAAUGUUGUCGCAGAACGCAUCAAUUUAUGAAACAGCUCGUCUUUCGCCUUCUUCACUUAAGUACUACGGCCUUUGCUUGCGCAAAGGAAUGUAUAGAGUACGCCUCCAUUUCGCUGAAAUAAUUUUCUCCGAUGACUCCAAGUUUAGCAGCAAUGGGAAAAGGAUUUUUGAUGUGGCGAUACAAGGGCGCGUGGUUUUGACGGACUUCAACAUAGCAGAGGAAGCUAAGGGUGUGAGGAAAGGUAUCUAUAGAGACUUUGAUGUCUUCGUGAGCGGUGGCACGUUGGAGAUCCACUUGUACUGGCGAGGAAAGGGGACGACCGCCAUUCCUGACAGAGGCGUAUAUGGACCGUUGAUAUCUGCUAUUGCUGUGACGCCUAAUUUUAAUGUUAGCACCGGAUUAACUGCCACAGCCAUUACUGGAAUCGUCCUCUCUUCUGCUGCGGCCGUGCUGUUGAUUUUGUGUGUUAUCGGAGGAAAAGGAGGCGAAGAUAAAGAACUCCGAGGACUUGAUGGCUACUUCACUUUAAAAGAGAUCAAAGAAGCUACAAACAACUUUGAUAACGCUAACAAGAUAGGCGAGGGGGGAUUCGGGCCUGUGUAUAAGGGUACCCUGUUGAAUGGCACAGCCAUUGCGGUUAAGCAGCUCUCGUCCAGGUCAAAGCAAGGAAACCGCGAAUUUCUGAAUGAAAUGGGCAUGAUAUCGGCCUUGCAACAUCCCAACCUCGUCAGGCUCCUUGGAUGUUGCAUUGAAGCAAACCAACUGAUAUUGAUCUAUGAAUACCUCGAGAACAACUGUCUCGGUCGGGCACUCUUUGGUUGUCCGGAACAAAGGCUGGACCUCGGGUGGUCGACUAGGAAAAGGAUAUGUCUAGGGAUUGCAAGGGGGCUUGCGUAUCUUCACGAAGAGUCGAGGCUGAAGAUCAUCCACAGGGACAUAAAGGCAACUAAUGUUCUUCUGGAUAAGGAUCUGAAUGCCAAGAUAUCCGACUUUGGUUUAGCGAAGCUUGGUGAAGAGGGGAACACGCAUAUCAGCACGCGCGUUGCUGGAACCGUAGGAUACAUGGCGCCCGAGUACGCGAUGAGGGGCUACCUGACGGACAAGGCGGACGUGUACAGCUUCGGGAUUGUGGCGUUGGAGAUCGUCAGUGGGAAGAGCAACACUUGUUUUAGGCCAGAAGAGGAGUACUUGUACCUUCUUGAUUGGGCGUACGUGCUGCAAGAACGAGGUAGUCUGUUGGAGCUCGUGGACCCGAGGCUUGGGUUGGGGUACUCGGAGGAAGAGGCGAUGGAGAUGCUGAACUUGGCGCUGCUGUGCGCUAGCCCCUCCCCGACUCUGAGGCCCUCCAUGAGCUCAGUGGUGGGGAUGCUGCAAGGUGCAAUCCCGAUUCAAGCGCCAGCUGUCAAGUGCGAUGGGGCGGACGAGGAGGCGUUCGGGGGAAGUGGGUUGUUAAUGGAUGGACCAUGGUUUGGUAGCUCACUGUCCCAUUCUAUUAGUAAAGAGGAAAGUGGUGAUUACUUGGAUGGUUUGUUUGUCCAAACUUGUUAA